AUGACGGAGAAAAUGGUAAGAGGUCGCGACUGCCCAUGGUUAACUACCGAAAUCAAAUCUAAAAUAAAGGAACGAGACUUUUUUCUAAGGAAAGCAAGGAAAAGUGAAAUGACUACCGACUGGUUGGCGUAUAAGAAACUACGUAAUACCGUCACCCAAGACAUUAGACGGAGUAAAGCAAAUUACAAUAGAUCCCUGUUCAGCGAAAACAUAAAUUCACCCACACAAUUCUGGAACCAAAUAAAAAAAUGCUACCCUGCAAAAGAAAAGAAACUGGUGACUAGCAAGGUUUUUGAUAUUGACGAAACUACGACGACUGAUAAAACGUCCAUUGCCAAUGGUUUCUGUAAGUAUUUUACCAAUGUAGGUAAAACAUUACAGACGUCACUUAUAACUCUGGGCAACACAGUGUGGGAAAAUCAUGAUCACAAAAAACUAUCAAAGAGAAUUAACCAGAAAGAGUUACAGUUUACGUUUGAAAAAGUGUCUGCUUCAAACAUGGUUAAGCUACUACGACAACUAAAAGCGUCCAAAGCAAGUGGCUAUGACGGUAUUCCAACAUCGAUGAUUAAGGACGGUGCUGAAGAAUUAGCGGUUCCAUUAACCUAUCUCAUUAACUCAUGCUUGGAACAGUCAGUUUUUCCUGACACAGAAAAAUAUGCAAAGAUUAUUCCUGUUUACAAAUCCGGCAAACGGUCCUCUAUGGACAAUUACAGACCCAUAUCGAUUCUACCUGUUUUAUCGAAAGUGUUUGAAAGAGUGGUUCAGAAACAGCUAUAUGAAUACCUAGAGAAGAAUUCAUUGCUAUCUCCAAAUCAGUUUGCUUUCAGGAAACACAGAUCAACUCAGCAUCCUGUAACGUUGCUUUCGGACCAUAUUAGAGGACACAUGGAUAAAGGAGAAUUAACUGGAGCAGUAUAUAUAGAUCUAAGAAAAGCAUUUGAUACGAUAGAUCACGGUCGGUUACUCUCGAAACUUCCAUGUUAUGGAAUCAGAGGAAGAGAAUUGAUCUGGCUUGAAAAUUAUUUGUUCGGAAGAAAGCAAUUUGUUGUGUUUGACUCGGCAACUUCCGAGGGGCACACUGUCCUUACUGGUGUGCCACAAGGAUCAGUGCUCGGUCCCCUUCUCUUCGUACUACUUAUAAAUGAUAUCGAUUUGCAAAUGCAAAACUGUCAAAUUCUUUUAUAUGCUGAUGACACAGUAGUUUACACAUCUGACAAAUCAUGUGAAGCUAUUGAAUCAAACUUAAACUCUGAACUUACCAAUCUCGCGAGAUGGUUCUCUAAUAACAAGCUCGUUCUUAAUCUUAAGAAAGGAAAAACUGAAUUUGUUCUUUUUGGAACGAGUAAGAAACUUCGUAAAUCGCCGAAAGUACAAGUAAAGAUAAAUGAAAUACCAAUAAACGAGGCGGAAUCGUAUGAGUAUUUGGGCGUAGAAUUGGACAAGUCGCUUAACUACAACAGUCAUAUUGACAGGACUAUCAAAAAGGCAUCUGCGAAAGUUAAACUGUUAUCACGUAUCCGACAGAAUGUCAGUCCAUAUGUUGCCGAGAAAAUAUACAAAGUUAUGAUUGAAUCAACUCUUGGAUACUGUGGUAACUUAUUUCUUGGUAUAUCAAAUAGCACAGCAAAUCGAUUUCAGCAAAUUCAAGACCGUGCUAUCAAUAUCGUAUAUGGUACAAACGUAACACCUAAUCGCUGGUGUUCGAUACGAAAUGUUAGGAAACUUCACUGUGUACAGGAAGUUUUUAAGUGUCUAAAUGGCCUUGUGCCUAAUCAAUUUAAUGGCAUUUUUAACAAGUUCUCCCACCAGAAAGAAACAAGAGGAAACAACUCAAAAUUGAGACUACCAAAAGUGAAAACAGAAACUGGACGCAAGAUGUUCUCGUUCCAAGGAGCUCUGGUUUUUAACGAACUUCCAGAAGAUUUGAGGAAUGAGACAUCACUUUUACGUUUUAAGCAAAAGUGUAGAAACUUUUUUAUGAAAACUGAUUAG